AUGAGCAUACAUACAGCAUAUGUAAAGGCUAUUCGUUCUGCUCAGCAUUUCAUCUAUAUUGAAAAUCAAUAUUUCAUAGGGUCUUCAUACAAUUGGAGCUCCCAUAAAGACAUAGGUGCGAACAUUUUGAUUCCCAUGGAAAUUGCACUUAAAAUUACUGAUAAAAUCAGAGCAUGUGAGAGGUUUGUAGCUUAUAUUGUUAUUCCGAUGUGGCCAGAAGGCAAUCCAACAUGUGCUGCUACACAAAGGAUUUUAUUUUGGCAGAACAAAACAAUGCAAAUGAUGUAUGAGACCAUUUACAAGGCUUUAGUGGAGGUUGGGCUUGAGAAUGAAUACACCCCACAAGACUAUUUGAACUUCUUUUGUCUUGGCAACCGUGAAGUUGUAAGCAGUGACAGUUUAAGCACAGACCGUUCUGCUGCAGCAAACAGUCCUCAGGCACUGAGCCGGAAAAGCCAAAGAUUCAUGAUUUAUGUACAUUCAAAAGGCAUGAUAGUGGACGACGAGAAUGUAAUUAUAGGGUCUGCAAACAUCAAUCAGUGUUCAAUGGAGGGCUUAGAGACACUGAGAUUGCAAUGGGAGCCUACCAACCUCAUUAUACUUGGGCAAGAAAACUAUUCAAUCCACACAGACAGCUUUGCUCUUUAG